ACGCGCGUUACGUCCUGCUGUUACAUUCAGAGCUGUUAUUAUUACAACGGAAACUGUUGCGCCUUGUUAUUUUUCUGUUUUUUAGCAGCAGUAAGCAUGGCUGGAAUAAACAACCGCCUCAAACGCAUCUUUAUCUCCUUCAACGUCUUCUUCGCGUCUGUGGGCUUACUGUUCAUCGCCUGUGCUGUGCUACUUGAGACCGCCACCGAUGAUGAGGCAGGAGGAAACAUGGAGGAUCGGAUCCCAGCCGUCGUUGGCUUACUUGCCGUGGGCAUUAUCACCAUGACGUUUGCCAUCUUAGGGGCCUGUGGGGCUUAUCAGGAGAGCCAAGCCUGCCUGGUUGCGUUCAUGUUGUGUAUGGUCCUCGGAAAAACAGCGAUACUCCGAGCUGCGAUCUCAGGAGUCAACGCCCGUCCUGAGCUGCCGGGCGUGCUGGAGGAGAAGUUCCGCCAGCUUCCUCCUCUGGACUUCAAGGGGGAGAAGGUGAUGCAGAUGGUCAACAGCAUGCAGUCUGAGCUGCACUGCUGUGGGCUCUUCAGCUACAAAGACUGGAUUCUCAGCAUCCCAGACUCCUGUAACUGCACAGACAUGGAGGAGGAAUCCAACUGCAAAGUGGUCUACUACAAUUAUCCCUUCCAAAUGAAAACACAGUCCAUCUACAGCAAGCCCUGCUUCCCCAUCUACUUGCAAAAUACCCUACAGCAAGCUGACAUCACACUCGGAGUCAGCUUCUGUCUGGCUGCUCUGGCUGGGAUCGGCAUAAUUCUGUCCUCCAUCAUGAUCUACCAGAUCCGUUACUCUGAAAAACCCACCGUCUCCACCUCAGCACCACCCAAGUACCAGAAGCUGCACAACCUUCUGCACUGAAGACGCAGCUCCGUCAGCUUGUUGCACUGUCUGCGUUCAAAGUUCCUUCAUCACUGUGAGGAGGUGCAGCUGUGGAGCCUGAAACACCACCAGGUUUAAUGUACUGAUUUCUUCCUGUGAAGAAGAGUCUGAUGUUUCAUUCUGCUUAUUUUCUUAGUUACAGAACGAACAAGAUUUUACAGAGUACUUUUACCAUUUAAAGAAUAAUUUGAUACCAAAGAGGUUAAAAGAUUUAAAUGACUUCUUCAGCUGGACUUAAAUCUUCUGUAGCUGUAAUUAAAUCAUGCUGAACUUGAUCAUUUUUCUUUGUUCUGUAUUAUUCAUUCAUUCAUUUAUACACCACCAGUCCCACUGGAUUUAAUGAGAAAGUGUGUCCAAACUUUUGACAGGUAGUGUAUACAUUUUAUUGUAAUGACUGAAACAUGAAAUAAGAGUCCAGUUUGUGUCUGUAAAACCUGCAAAUGGAAAUCCUUUUUAUAUUUUUUAUCUUUCCUUUUUCAUUCUACACUUUGUCUUGCUGUGAACUGAUGUUCUCCAACUCCACCUAAAAGUCAGUACAAAUAAAAUGAUUUCAUUCUCAGUGAA